CCGCAAUCUCCUCGUGGAAGAAGCUAGAUUCUACUCCUCAGUCAAGUCCGAGGUGGAAGCUAUCCACCCGGUGCUUCAGCUAAUGCGAUCGUUCCUCCAAAAAAGAAGCCGACGAGAGAUUGAGCAAUUGGGUGUCGGAAGUACGAGAAGCAGCCUACGACAUCGAGGACAACGUUGUCGUUUUCGUGGCCGCUAAGGUUGCCUCCAGGUUGUCGAGGAAUUCAUCAAACCCUUUGAAGAAAAUGGGUUGUUUCUUCAAGGAAAUCGUUGCCACUUACAGUGUGGGUACACGGAUGUCUGGUAUCAGAGCCAAGAUCACCGGGCUCACCGAGAGCUUGCAUGCAUACUUUCGGGAUGAACCCGAUUAUUGAAAGCUCCGGUGAAGGGACAGAUUUCAGGCGCCGGGCGAGGAUUCUCGAUUUGAGGCGGUCUUAUUCCCAUGUUGUGGACGAAGACUUUGUUGGGCUGGAGGGUGACGUCAAUAUGUUGGCUGCACAUUUGAUCGACGACGGGCAGAGAGAUAGAGUGGUUUCGAUAUAUGGAAUGGGGGGUCUGGGGAAGACCACCAUAGCUCGGAAGGUGUACACGCACGGUGACGUGAGGCGGCAUUUCGAUGUGUUUGCUUGGUCUUGUAUAUCCCAGCAGUGGGAUAAGAAGGAUGUUUUGCAGGAGAUACUGAUCAAGCUUAUACCCGAGAAGCGGGGCGAAAUCCUUGGCAUGAGGGACGAGGAAUUGGUGAAGGAGCUUCACUGUGUCCAGCUUAAGAAUAAGUGUUUGGUGGUUCUUGAUGACAUUUGGUCUGGCCAAGAUUGGGAGAGGUUGCAGCCCGCUUUCCCGACGACAAUGACGACCAGGGCAGCAGGUAGCAAGAUUCUGCUCACGACUCGCAACAGACAAGUCCCGGAUCUUGCGAACCCUAGUGGUUUUCUUUACGAACCGAGGUUUUUGAGCAUUGAGGAGAGCUGGGAGCUACUCAGGAGGAAAGCAUUUCCCAAAAGUGAAGAUAAUGUUGCUGGUAAGAUACUUCAUUUUUCCUUCUUUCAUCUUAUAUACUCAAGGCUCAUUAAAAUAAUACGAUAUGAUCUGGUAUAUGAUAACAUCACCUGGUACUUGGCCAGGGGCAGAGGCAACGGACAACAACAAGCUGUAAACGGCGUUUUGGCCUUCAGUUACCAUGAUCUGCCGUACAAGUUCAAGCAACCCUUUCUUUAUCUCGCCAAUUUUCCCGAGGAUUUCGAGAUAGAAGCCGAAAAGCUCUACCAGUUCUGGUUGGCCGAAGGUUUUAUAUCACGAGACGAUAGGGCUGAAGAAGAAACAAUGGUUGAUGUAGCUGAAAGAUACUUGGCCGAACUGGCUCAAAGGUCCAUGGUACAAGUCAAUGUCAAGGAAACUGCUGGCGGUUUUAAAAGCUGCCGCCUUCACGAUCUUAUGAGAGAUCUUUGUAUAAGUAAAGCCAAAGAAGAGAACUUUGCCAAAGUCGUCGAUUUCAGACACGAAUCGUCGAGCACCAACAACACAACAGCAACAACAAUGCGGAGAAUUUCCGUCUAUUUGGGCCGUAGUAACAUUGCAAAUUCCGAUCCAGUUGCUGCAUGCAGCGAAUACCGUCACAUCAGGUCGGCUUUCUUCUAUGCUAAUGAUCUUACGGUUGACUUUAUGCAACGUACGAAAGUCCACUUCAGCAACCUUGAAUUACUCAGAGUUCUCAACCUUCAAGGAUUUCGCUACCAGCUUCCUAAAACCAUCGGAGACUUAAUCCAUCUGAGGCACUUGAGCUUGAGCUUUUCUCAUUUCAAGAAGUUGCCGCCGUCGUUGGGCAAACUGAUAUUCUUGCAGACCCUCGAUUUGGAAGUGGAUAACGAACUGGAAGUCCCGAAUGUCAUAUGGAAGUUGGCAAGACUAGAGCAUCUAUAUCUUCCCGCCAAAUUUCAAACUCACGACAGCAAAAAGUUGAGGCUGGACGGACUGAGUGAGCUGGAGAUACUCGUGAACUUCAACACAAGAUUCUGCGACGUGAGAGAUCUCGAUACGCUGACUAAUCUUCGCAAACUAAGAGCAGCGAUAAACGACGAGCUGAACGACCUGCCAAACAUCAUCAAGUACAUAAGUUUCACGCAGAACCAUCUGAGGCGCUCCUCCCUUUCGAUUUCUUGCCCUCAGUUCUGCUCGGACGAAGAGCUGAGCCUGUUGAGAACAUUGCUAGGCUGCCAUCGUCUGUACAAGCUAUCCAUAAACAGGCGUAUAUCUAAGCUUCCGGAACAUUACCAUUUCUCGUCGAGCAUUGCUAAAAUCACCUUCAAGGCAUCCGCGCUCGACAAAGACCCAAUGGCAACACCGGAGAAGCUCUCGAGGCUGAGUAGUCUGAGAUUGUACGGCUCCUCCUACGUGGAAGAGGACAUGGUGUGCUCGACAGAUGGUUUUCCGAGGCUUUUGUAUUUGAAACUGUGGGACUUGCCGAAUUUGAAGAGAUGGAGGAUCGAACAAGGAGCUAUGCCAAAGCUCACACGUUUAGUCAUUGCGCAUUGCCGACAGCUGGAAAUGCUUCCGGAAGGUUUGAAAUUCAUCAGCACCCUUCAAAAGUUGAAUGCCAGGUGGAUGCCUGAUCUUUUCAAGGACCGGCUCAGAGCCGCAGAUGCUCGAGGAGAAUAUUUUUAUAAAGUCCGACAUGUGCCUGACGUCAAGCUCGAUUAAACCGGUUCAUAUCGACCAUAUGUAAGAAAUUCUACUUUGAUUUCUUGCUUGCUUAGCUUAAUCACUAUAUUGGUGGUGUUACUAUUUCCUUAUGUUCUACUGAGUUUCUAUCUAUGUUUCUACAUGCUAUUUAUCGUUUGGUAGGAAGAAUGUGAUAACAUGGGAUAUUGUUGUAACUUUUAUUUGA